AUGCCCUCAAAGUUUCUCCAUCUAACAAAGAUCGACAACCAAUUCGACCGGUACAGCCCAGUGUAUACAACGAGCAGAGCAGCACAGCUUCCAACCAGUGCGAUCAGCGUCGCAACCGCAAAAUUCUACGAUGCGCCUGAUGCCGCUGCUUAUACGCCACCCAUGCUGGCUGUGACUCGCACCGCCGAGCGCGUCACAGAUCAUGAUGUGGUCAUGAAGACUGUUGAGGAGGAGCGUGUGCUCGCACCUCAGACCAUUUCUCAGCGCGAGGUCGAGCGCGAAGCACCAGGGCCCAAGAAGAUGUUCAUCCAGCCCCUGCCACGAGAGCAAGCAGUGAGAAAAGCUCGCGUAGUACCGCGAUCUAGGAGAUCACGCUGUAUGCCGGACAGAGGAUGA